CCAUCCAAACAUACUUGGGCCCAUCGUUUACUUGUUUUGUUACUUACUUCCUACUUUGCCCUUUCUUGUUCUUUCCAUCCUUUGUGAAGUCCAGAAUUUUUAGAUGGAAAAAUCUGCAGUUACACCAUCCUUUCUGUUUUGCAGUCCCGUUAGCAGUCACAGGUCUACAGGUGGAGCCCGUCCUGAGCACCUGUAGCCUGCAGGUGAGCUGGCAAGAAGCUCUUGGUGUGUCUGAUGGGUACAUCCUGCAGGUUCUGGAUGAAAGAGGCAGCAUCGUCGCCAACGGCUCACAGCCCGUCAGAUUCACCCGGUACCGGUUUGAUGGCCUUACACCAGGGAAGAAGUAUCGAAUCCUGGUCCGGACCACCAGUGGAGGACUCCAUAGCCAGGGAGUUAGUGCUGAAGCUCGAACAUACCCAGCAUCUGUUACUGAUCUGUCCAUCAAAACCAGCAGCACUGCCAGCCUGUCUUUCCAGUGGUCCCCACCAGAGGGAGACUUUCAGCAUUAUGAAGUCUUUUUGUAUAAAAGUGAUGAGUCUCUGCAGGAGAGCCAGCGGGUCCAACCCAGUAUUAAGCAGUGCUCCUUCCAGGGUCUCAGACCUGGAGCUCUGUACAGACUAGAGAUUGUGGUCCAGAGUGGAGACCAAACCAACCAGACCUCCAUGUGGGCAAGGACAGUACCAGCGCCUGUAGCAUCUCUCAGGGCCAAGAGUGGAAACCAGUCCGACACUCUGUUGAUCAACUGGGAUCGCAGAGAUGGUGAUGUGACCGGAUACCUGCUCUCGCUCUACAGCCCUGAUGGAUCCCAGCAGGCUGAGCAUCAGCUGGGUUCUGAGGUCACAGAGUUCAUAUUUUCAGGCCUUGUGCCAGGUCGGCAGUACCGAGUCGACGUGCUGAGUCUCAGUGGAGAGCUUCACAACCUAGCCAGCACUGUGGGUCGUACUGCUCCAAAACCUCCUUCCUCGUUCCUGUUUGGAGGAGUCACCAACACCUCCCUGGAGGUCACCUGGAGUGGUCCAGUAGGUUCUGACUAUGAUGACUUCGACCUGCAGUGGACUCCUAAGGACCAGCUGUCUGUUAUCAACCCGUACCACAGCCAAACAUCAGGCAGCCGCAUCCUAAAAAGGAUGUUCCCAGGACGACUUUACACCUUCAGCCUUCGAACUGUCAGUGGGGCAAUGCAGCCCGGUGCCACCUACAGCACUCCCAUCCAAAAGAGUAUUCGAACCAAGCCAGAGCGAGUCCAGAGCCUCCACUGUCGACCACAGAGCUCUACCUCCAUCUCCUGCUCUUGGGGACCUCCACAAGCUGACUAUGAUUCCUACACCAUCGAAUGUCUUCACCAGGACACUCACACCCUGGUCUAUUCACGGCGUACAAGUCGAGAGUCCACCAGUUAUGUCAUCACCCAGCUUGAGCCCCACAAACGUUACACCAUCUCUGUGAAGGUCAUUUCUGAUGGGACGACCAGCGAGGAGGCAGAGGACAGCGUAGUCACAAUGAUCGACCGCCCUCCUCUGCCCCCACUGACUACCCGGGUCAGUGACAAGUCCACUUUGGUCACGAAGUCCUCGAUAUCAUUCCAGUUUAAUUGUAGCUGGUUCAGUGAUGUCAAUGGAGCAGUGAGGUUCUUUACUGUGGUUGUGACUGAAUCUGAAGGUGUCAAUAACUUGCAGCCAGACCAUAACCACCCUCUGCCCUCCUACCUGGACUACAGACACAACAGCUCAGUUAAGUCCUACCAGACCAACUACUUUCCCAGCCUCUGCUCAGAUGGCUUAGAGAGCAGCACUCAGAUCUAUAACAUCAGCCUUGGGACUGGGAUGGACUCUCUAGGGGGUCCAUGUGACCACAGAGACCCGAGUUAUGCAGAGUCUAGCAGAGACCUUAUCUACUUCUGUGAUGGACCUCUGAAGUCGAAGACUUCAUACAGGAUCAGCAUCCGAGCCUUCACUCAGCUGCUUGAUGAAGAAGAAACUACAAACUCUAGAUUAGCUUCUCCUCUCUUCACUGACACCUUCUUAUCUCUGCCCAUCAUCACGGAAACAGAACCUCUGAGCGGUGUCAUUGAAGGCAUCAGUGCCGGACUUUUCCUCAUCCUCAUGAUAGUUGCCAUCACUGCUUUCCUCAUUUGCAGGCACAAGGCUCGCAAAUUGGUGGAGGAGAGACCUGAUGUCCGGAGAUGUAUAAGGAGAGAGAGAUCAGCAGGAGGAGUCCCGAUGGGAGUCAGAGGCAGCAGGAGAAUCUCCAGUCCCAUCAAGAUCCUGAACUUUGAAUCUCACUACAACAAACUGCUGGCCGACUCCAGCUACCUCCUGUCUGAGGAGUACGAGGACCUGAAAGACGUCGGCCGUAAUCAGCCGCUGGACUCUGCUCUGCUGCCUGAGAACCGUGGGAAGAACCGAUACAACAACAUCUUGCCCUAUGACUCAACGAGGGUCAAGCUGUCUUACGUGGAUGAUGAUCCCUGUUCAGACUACAUCAAUGCCAGCUACAUCCCAGGUAACAAUUUCCGCCGGGAGUACAUUGCGACGCAGGGGCCCCUUCCAGGAACAAAGGAUGACUUCUGGAAGAUGGUGUGGGAGCAGAACGUCCAUAAUGUGGUCAUGGUCACUCAGUGCGUGGAGAAAGGCAGGGUGAAGUGUGAUCACUACUGGCCAUUUGAUCAGGAUCCUCUGUACUACGGAGAUCUCAUAGUUCAGAUGUUGUCAGAGUCGGUUCUUCCAGAGUGGACAAUCCGAGAGUUCAGAAUCUGCAGCGAGCAGCAGCUGAGCUUCGUCCGCCUCGUUCGGCAGUUUCACUACACGGUGUGGCCCGAUCAUGGAGUCCCAGAGAGCACACAGUCGCUCAUACAGUUUGUUCGAACAGUCCGUGACUACGUCAACAGGACUCCUGGUUCUGGUCCCACUGUGGUCCAUUGCAGUGCCGGAGUGGGCCGAACUGGAACCUUCAUCGUCCUGGAUCGGGUGCUGCAGCAGCUGGACACAAAGGACACGGCAGACAUAUACGGCGUCGUCUUUGAUCUCCGCCUCCACCGGUCACACAUGGUGCAGACUGAGGGUCAGUACUUGUACUUGCAUCAGUGCAUUCGGGAUGUCCUCAGAGCCCGGAAGCUGCGCAGUGAACAGGAGACCCUCAGUCACCCCGUCCUAAGAAUGUGAAUCCCGCCUGGCAGAGAGAGACGCUGUGAUUGUACUGCGGAUUUACUGUUGAGCUAACAGAAAAACACAGCCAUUUAUUUUUCUAUCAAUGUUCAUAUUUUAUUCUGCAGAUUUAUGAUAAUUUAUGUAACGUGAACUGGAGUGUGUCUGUGGUUGUACUUUGUGUUUCUGUGUCACAAUGAAGCUGUGGGUGGAAACAGCCUCAGGAGACUGAACAUUUUGAUCAGCUUCGAUCACCAGUGCACCCUCCAGCUGCUAAUCAUUUGUUCAGACAACAGCAGACUCAGCUCCUCAUUGAACGUGUUUAUACAGAUGAACAGCAGCGCCUGUAUGUUACCUGUUCAUCUUCUUCUACCUUAACCUGUAACUGCAGAUCUGCUUAAAGCCAUUACUGUACUUGUAGAGGUUCUGUGGACUGUACCUAAACAUAUUUGUCUGUGAACAGCUCAUUAAACACACAGCACGUGCACAAAUA